GUGGAGCCGAAAGCGAGAAGUCACAAACAGGUCUGUUUUGUCCCGGUUAACGGUCACCGCUCUGUCUCCCGGUACGGUGUUGGACAGCCUGAAAUACAGCAGUGAGGUUUCCGGCGGAUUUUAGCCGGUAGACAGGCAACGAUGGGCUCCAUGUUUCGCAGUGAGGAGGUGUGCCUGGUGCAGCUUUUCCUUCAGUCCGGCUCGGCCUACAACUGUGUCAGUGAGCUGGGGGAGCUGGGCCUGGUUGAGUUCCGAGAUUUAAAUCCAAAUGUGAACGCCUUUCAGAGGAAGUUUGUUGGCGAGGUCAGACGAUGUGAGGAACUUGAGAAAACUUUUACCUUCCUGGAACAGGAGAUCAAUCGCUCCCUGUCUCCACCCUUGCAGGGUCCCCUCCCUCCACCAUGCCCUACACCUUUGGCCCCUCAGCCCCGCGAACUCAUCACCAUAGAGGAGGAGUGCGAGAGGCUGGCCAGAGAGCUCAAAGAGGUGUCCAGGAAUAGAGACAGCCUCCGGGCUCAGCUGACCCAGCUCUGUCAGUACCGAGGUGUCCUGACCAGGACACACUCUCUCACAGCCUCACAGGCACCGCCACCUGUACUGGAAAGUCAAGGCCUGUUUGAUAACCGCCAAGAUGUCCACCUCAGUUUUGUGGCAGGAGUGGUCCACCCUUGGAAGGUCCCCUCAUUUGAACGGUUGUUAUGGCGGGCAUGUCGCGGUUAUAUUAUCGUGGAUUUCAGAGAAAUGGAGGAUCGGCUUGAGCAUCCGGACACGGGGGAGAUGGUGCAAUGGACAGUGUUCCUCAUUUCCUUCUGGGGAGAUCAGAUUGGGCAGAAAGUGAAGAAGAUUUGUGAUUGCUUCCGCACACAAACAUUUGCAUACCCUGAGAGCACAGCUGAGAGAGAGGAGAUUCUCCAGGGACUACAAGGCAGAAUUGAAGAUAUCAAAUCAGUGUUGUCGCAGACCGAGGCCUUUCUGCAGCAGCUGCUGAUGCGGGCGGUGGCGGUGCUGCCCCAGUGGAAGGUGCGGGUGCAGAAGUGUAAGGCGGUCCAGAUGGUGCUGAAUCUCUGCAGCCCUUCCGUCACUGACAAAUGCCUGAUCGCUGAGGCCUGGUGUCCCACUGCCAAGCUGCCUGAGCUGCAAAGCGCUCUGAGAGAGGGAGGGAGGAAGAGCGGCAGUGGGGUGGACUCGUUCUACAACCGCCUGCCCUCCUCCACCUCUCCACCCACCCUGUUUCCACUCAACUCCUUCACAGCUGGUUUUCAAAACAUUGUUGAUGCCUACGGAGUGGCCAGCUACCGUGAGGUCAAUCCAGCGGUGUACACCAUAAUUACAUUCCCCUUCCUGUUUGCUGUGAUGUUUGGGGAUGUGGGUCAUGGUAUACUGAUGACUCUGGCGGCCCUCUGGAUGGUCCUUGAGGAGAAGGACCCCAAACUGAAGAACAACAACAAUGAGAUCUGGAGGAUGAUGUUUGGAGGGAGGUAUCUGAUUCUGCUGAUGGGACUGUUCUCUAUCUACACGGGGGCCAUUUACAACGAGUGCUUCAGCAGAGGCCUCACUACUUUCAGCUCAGGGUGGCACGUGGGCCCAAUGUUUGAGAAGAACAUAUGGAAUUCAUCAGUCCUGGCAGAGAACCAGUACUUGUCCAUGAAUCCUGUGGUGUCUGGUGUUUUCACCAGCCCCUAUCCAUUCGGCAUUGACCCGAUCUGGGGGCUGUCCAACAACAAACUAACUUUUCUCAACUCGUACAAGAUGAAGAUGUCAGUCGUCAUCGGUGUCAUUCACAUGACUUUUGGAGUCUGCUUGUCAUUCUUCAACUACUGGCACUUUGGCCAGAUAAGCAGUGUGUUCUUUGUGCUGAUCCCUGAGCUGAUCUUCAUGGUGUGUCUGUUUGGCUACCUGGUGUUCAUGGUGGUCUUCAAAUGGAUCGCCUACACUCCUGCCCAGUCCAGAAGUGCUCCCAGUAUUCUUAUCCACUUCAUAGACAUGUUCCUCUUCACAGACAACCCUGAAAACCCACCACUCUAUACGGGACAGCUUGUGGUACAGAAGGUCUUGGUGGUGCUGGCCCUGUGCUCCGUCCCAGUCCUCCUGCUAGGGAAGCCCACGUGUGAAUACAUCACGUUCAAGAAAAGACGACGUCAACUGGAGGAAGACAGACGUCCACUGGUGGCUGACGACGGCUCCAUCAACUCCCGUCAGGGGGAGGUGGAGGGAGGAGUUGCUGAAGUGGAGGAGUUCGAUGCUGCAGACGUGUUCAUGCAUCAGGCCAUCCAUACCAUAGAGUACUGCCUGGGCUGCAUCUCCAACACCGCCUCUUACCUCCGACUCUGGGCUCUCAGCUUGGCUCACGCACAGCUGUCAGAGGUGUUAUGGGUGAUGGUGAUGCGUAUUGCCCUGAAGUGGCAGGGCUAUGUGGGCGCUGUAAUCCUCUUUGUGGUUUUUGCCUUCUUUGCCAUGUUGACCGUCUCCAUCCUGCUGGUUAUGGAGGGACUCUCAGCUUUCCUGCACGCGCUCCGUCUGCACUGGGUGGAGUUUCAGAACAAGUUUUACAGUGGAUCAGGCUACAAGCUGAGCCCUUUCUCUUUCUCAUCUCUGAUCCAUGCAUCCGCUGCUAUAUGAUCCGCCAAACGAUUACUUAGGAUUGACAAACGGUUGUGUUAACUUAUGUAUGUUAUUGAGCACUUGGACUACAACUACACACUUCAGAAUGACUCAACAAUGGUAUUCUAUUGCCUAUCUGCUAUGAAAUGGUUUAAUUCACUACACAUGAUCAUGAUGAUAAAGACUGUUAUUUUUGCAUCAGGAGAAUGAGAAUGAGUCCACAUACAAUUAAUUAUGAUUGCAUUAUGAAAUGACAAAAUAUGCUUUUGUACCCCUUGCUAAUUUUUUUCCCCACUAUCAGUGUUAUCUACUGCUUUUUAAUUAAUCCUUCAGAAUCGAAAAAAUAGUACUACUUUUCAUUGUAUAAACAUAUAUCAUAGAUAUAAAUUAUGAAAAGGGAAAGCACAUCAAUUAAUGAGUCCUUCUGCGGUUUAAGGGAAUGUACAAUGGUUCUAUUGGUGUAUUGUGCUUUAAUUAGCAAGUUCUGUAGGAGUCUUUAAAUGAAAGCAGGGAAUUGUCUGAAUGAUCUUCAUGAGCCAAAGAUACGGUUCCUUCAUUGUCAUGUCUUCCAAGCACAACAGACAACAGGUAUUUAUUUGUAGUAAAUGUUUUUUCACGUGCCUUACUCGGACUGAGUGCUUGUUAAUCCACUGAGUCUUUUGGACAGAUCAUAACAGACAUCAUGCCACUAGUUUGAACAAAAUGAACAUUUAUCUCUUUUUUUUUCUGACAGUUUGCACUGUAAAAUGGAUCAAAUUUGAACUGAAAUUAAAUAUGAUUUUCUUGUGUAA